AUGGAAGCAAUGCUCGAAGGGUCGUCGGCCGGAUCCAUCCUCGAUCAAGUCGCGUCUCCAAAUCGCAUGGGCAGGCGCGUGCUGGCCUGGAGCCUCCUCGUCCUUCUUCGGCUCUUCCUCGCGCCAUGCAGCGAGGCUGCUGUCUUCUACCCGGAAGACGUCCCGAGCGUCCCGAGCAACGUCUACGCGUAUGCCGAGAACACGUCGGCGCUGCGCGUCCAAGUGCUGCCGCCGUAUGGGAUCCUGCCGCUCGGCAGCAACGGCGAGCCCGUGCUCGCGUACCAAGUCGACGUCGCGACGCGCAUCCCAGAGGUCCAGACGUUUGCGAUCAGUAGCAACGACGGACCGAUCGCGUCGGGUACGUACCGUCUCUCGUUGACGAAUGCACAUGGCGCGUUUGCGUCGCCCAACUGCGUGGCAUGGAACGCGACGGCCACGCAACUUGCGCUCGCGCUCAACGAGCUCCCGAACAUUGACGGCGUCAGCGUGACGCAGUCGGCCUUUGGCGCUGCGCCACACGGCUUCAUUUACACGAUCUCGUUUACAGGCCCGGUCCUCGCCAACGGCCCACAGCCCAACGUGCUCGUCGGCAGCGUCUGCUCGCCCUUCUUGCCCGCGAGCAACCUCGUCUCGCUGACCGGCGCGCGCGUGACGCCGGGAACCUAUGGCUUUGUGCCCGAAGUGUGGCAGCUCAUGACGACAACGAAUGGCGUCGGCCUUGGGGGAACCAUGGACCUCUCGGUUGGCUACCAAGGCGACUGGGUGGCACUACCCACCGUGACGAUCAGCGUCGAUGCCGGGUCUCGCGUGGCGGUGACAACCGUCGCCAACUCGCUCAAGGGCCUUUUGAGCCGCGGCGACGUCGUGCGCAUUGGCGGGCAGCGCUUCCGGAUCCACGCGUCCGCGCCCUUCACCGACGUUCAAGUACCGCUCGACACCAAGCACAUCCUCGGUGCCAACAACGUACCAGUCUACGUGUACGACACGGCCGUCGGCCAAGUCGCCGUGACGCAAGGCAGCGCGACCGUGGCGACGUCGACCGACUUGACACUGACGGUGGCCGUCGGCGACGACAUCCAAAUCGGCGGCCAAGAGUUUAGCGUCCACGCCAUCACGACGUCGACCGUGACCCUCGGCAGCAUCGCCAACGAGCUCGUGCUGGCGCCGUGGACCCUCGCCUCGUCGAACCAAGCGACGGUACUGCGCCGGAAGAAGGUGACGGUCCGCGCCGAUGCCACGCCACGUGAAAUGCAAGCGCUUCUGUCGUCGCUGCCGGGCCUCGGCACGGCAGCCGUCUCGCGCGUCGGUCCGUCCAGUCAACUAGGCUACGUGUGGUCGAUCACGCUAUCGUCGCUGGGCCCGACGAGCUGCCCGACCUCGCCGUGCCUCCGCGUCGAUCCGCACUUGACCGACGAGUACGGAGGAGCUUGUGUUGGGUGCGCGGCGACCCUCGCCCCUGUACCCGGCAGUGUCGGCGUCCUUCCCGACUUUGGCACCCUUCUGUCGUCAACGGUGCUUGGCAGCGCCGUCUACGAGGUGCAGUCGAUCACGACGUCAGCGACUACAGGACCCAUUGGCGGCUACUUCUACCUCAACUUUGGCGCGUACUAUACGUCGACAGCGUCCUUAGGCGCGCUGCUCAAGUACAACGAGCUCGCGAGCGACGUGCAGACGAAGCUCCAGGCCCUCCCGACGAUCGGCUCUGUCAACGUCUCGCGCACGGCGAUCGGGCUCGGAUACCAAUGGCUCGUCACGUUCACGUCCAACAUGGGUCCGCUUCCGCUGCUAAGUCUGACGGGCAACUUCCUCUCGGGCGCGGGCGCGACGAUCACGGUCGCCGAAGUGACGAACGGGGUCCCGGCUAUGUUUGAGACUGUGCUCGGCGGCGUCUCGAGCGCAGCACCACUGGCCGUGCGCGCACGCGCGCAAAAUGGCAUUGGGUGGAGUCCCGGGUCCAAUCUGCUGCAGGCGUACGGCCAAGGGACCAUGCAGCUGCAGGCGUACACGCACCGACCACCGACGGUGCCGCAAAUCGCGUCCAUACUCCCCGUGUCCUUUUCGCAGCUCCAAGUGACGUUUGUGCCGCCGACCGACAGUAGCGACAUCACCAGCUACGAGAUCGAGGCGACGACGGACGCUGGCUUUGGCACACCGAUGGUCGUCGCCAUCGACGUGUACAGUCAGGUCCCCAAUGACAUGCUAGGAACCUUUCAGCUCUCGUACGGCAGCCAGUUGUCGCAACGACUGCCCGUGGACGCAUCGGCGAGCGCGUUGGCCGCCGCACUCAACCGCCUGCCAACCAUGCGUCCCGUGACGGCAUCGCGAUUGCUCUUUGUUCUUGGAGGUGGCUCGGCCGCCGAUGCCGUCUCGGCCUUCUCCUCGUCUCUCGGAGCAUUGACGCUUGGCGCACCGUUGACCUCGAGUCAAGUGGGGUUGCUCCCGGUGGGCACAGUGCUCGUUGUCAACCAGUUGUUGUUUACGGUCGCGUCGACGCCGCUUGCUGGUGAUAUUGCCGUCGCUGUGACCCCCAACGUCCUUGGCACCGGGAGUUUUGCGGGCACGUUUGCUCUCUUUGUAGUGGACACCGUUGGAAGCGUACGUGGACCGCUCGGGUACCGAUGGCGGGUGACGUUUCCCCAGUCGUCGUUGAGUAACAACCGCGUGUCCUCGAUCGAUGUCACCACGGCGCAAGGACUGAAAGUCGUCUCGUCGCUCACGUCGGUCGCUUCGGGCGCAACCAUCACGACACCGGCGGUUGCGGUACUGACGCCGCCAACGUUUCCUGCACAUUACAGCUCGCUUGUCCUAAGUGCAUCCAGCAGCAAGUGCAACACGUUUGUCGUCGGCCCGUCGUCGGCCACGCAAAUUCUGCAGCUGUUUGCACCGACCACCGUCUCGGCCGGCUCGUACCAGCUCCAGUUGGAGGCGUCCGCCACUGCGUGCAUCCCCUUUAAUGCUGUCGCAAGCGGAAGUGCGCAGUCUCUCAAGACACUGCUCAUGGCGCUGCCCAACGUCGGCCGCGUCUCGGUCGAGAGAACCGAUGUCUUCAAGCAGGUGCUUUUACCGGGCAGCCAAGUGGCCGCUGUCACGGGCUACAGCAGCUCGACAGGGCUGCUCACUAUCGUGAGCACCGGGGGCCCGGGGCUCACCACCGCCCAAGCCGCGGCCCUUCCCGUCGGUGCGCUUCUCCGGGUGCAAAAGAAUGCGGGCGACACGACGCAAGACGCAUGCACCUUUACCGUGUCGACGGCGCCGGCCGCCCAAGCGACGACGAUCGCAGUCGCCUUGCCCGACCCCUCGAAGCCGUGUGCCACCUUCACCGGCGAGUCGCGCAGCUUGCGGCUCUUUGAUCUGCCAACAUACAAGAUACAGUUCUAUGGCGACUACCCCACUGGCGUCUGGCCAACGCUGCGGGUGUUGAAUGCCGGGUCCGGGUCCUGCGCCGCGUGGGCGCCGGCCGUGGCCGUCAAGAGUCGUAUCGGAACACUCAAGUACGAAGGCCCGUGCGCGUCCGGAUCGCCUGCCAUUCAGACGCUCAUCGCAGAUGCCGACUCGCCACUGGGUGGCACGUUCACGCUUUUCUAUCGGGGUCUGAAGUCGGCGCCGCUCAGUGUGACAGCGACGACGGCGGCCGCGGUCGCCGCCGCCAUGCAGGCCAUGGUCAACGGCCCCGUGACGGUCACGACGCUCCGUCACCGGACGUACGGUCGUGCGUGGCAGGUCACGUUUGCGCCGACGAUUACCGACGCGAUCGACACCAUCGUGGUCGACGACGCCUUCUUGACCGGCACGAAUGCGGUCAUGCAGUCGUUUCCGGUGGUCGAGUUUACGUCGACGUCGGCGCUGAAUAGCUUGUCGGGCGACUGGACGAUUGCACUCGACGAUACGGAAACGACUCCGAUUGGCGUCGCCGCGACAAUGAACAAGGUGAUUGCCGAGCUCGAGAAGCUCUACAAUGUCAACGUCGCCAUGGCCCUCACCAAUGUCCCGAGCGAUCAGAGCCAGAUUGGGUACACGGCUCUUGCACUCUCGGUCACGGCGACGGCCAACUCGCCCGUGCUCACGUCGGUGCUGUACAAGGCGAGCGCGAUCGACCCGAGCUUGUACGUUGUCGCUGGGGACGUCAUCCGCUUCAACGGCGAGACACACACGAUCGUGUCCGUUUCGAGCGCCGACAUUGUGCUGGCGGACAAUGCGAUUGGUGGCGGCACCUUCCCGGCGUCCGCGGGCACUCUCUUGCGGUCCACAACGUCAGCCCCAGGCUUCAUCGCGACGUAUGCCGUUGUUAUCACGGUUGUUUCGGCCACGGCGGGUUCGACGACGCUGGUCGUCUCGGCGGGCAGUGGCAUCGUCGCCGGCGAUGUCAUCUCGAUCGGUGCAGCGUUCUAUACCGUGCAACUCGUCAACGGUGUAACUCUGACACUGGCGACGGCGUAUGCCGGUACCGCCGUCGUUGCGUCGACGCCGGCGACGCCCGUUUACCGCAACGCGUUCAUUUCAACAACGGACCUCUCGUCGAAUGUGCUGGUGGGGGACUAUGUCUGGUACACUUGGCCCGACGGUACGUGGAGCGAGUAUGUCGUGACGUCGGUCGGUGUCAACUGGGUCACAUUUACUGGAGUCCUCAGAGCGCCAAUUGUGCAAGGCACGCUGACGAUUGGCGCCGGCGGCUUCCGGUACCCGAUCGUCUUCAAGUCGUUGUACGGCAACCUGGCAUCGGUGGACGCGCUUCCCGGGCUCAACUGGGCAGGCCUCGACGCGCGUUUGCGCACGACCCGGCCCUACUUUGUCGCGCCAAACACGGUCACACUAGGGACGCCGUCCAAUGUGCAGACCCUAACCCUCUCGGCAACGUCCGCCGCCGCCAUUGGUACUGGGGCAACGUACACGGUAUCGUUCAUGGGCGAGACGACGACAGCCUUGCCAUGGUCGGCCACCACGACCACGAUUGCGGCGGCGCUGCAAGCCCUCUCGGUCGUCGACGGCGUCACGGUGCAGUCGACCGCCGUUGGCGUUGGGUUUGUCCAUACGAUUACGUUUUGGGGCGCGAAUUACAACCGCCGGACGCUCCCGCCACUCAGCACGACGUUCACCGUUGGGACGGGCGGCAACGCCGCUCAAGUCUCGAUCACCCAGUUUACGACCAGCAAAGGCUCGCCCCACACGGCCAGUGGUCCGUGGUACACCGCGCUCAACGCUGGCGCCACGUACGCGCUGCGGAUCUCGGCAACCAACGCGGCAGGGUUUGGCGCUGCGAGUGCCGCCGUCACGGCGUCGACGGCCAUGAACGCCGUGCUUCCAUCGCCACCUCGGGGUGUGACGUUUGACGUUGCUCACGGCGCCACGUGGCUGGACGUGCGCUACCAGCCGCCCAUGUACCACGGCGGAGCGCCCAUCUUUAUGUACAAUAUCGAGUAUACGUCGGACCCUACGUUCACCAACUUGGGCGUUGACGGCGGCACUAUCACGGUGCGGCAGCAGUUUGAGAUCCAACAAGUGGCCACCAGUUUCCGAAGUGUAAAUGGCCAAGGCGGUACGUUUACGCUGGCGUUUGGCGGUCAAGUGACAGCGCCCUUGCCGUACGCAUGCUCGGCCGCUCAAAUGACGUCGGCGCUGGUCCUUUUGACGGGCAAUGCCAACGUCCCCGGGACACCGAUCGUCGUCUCGCGCUUUGGUCUGGGGUGGGGCACGGCGUGGAAGAUCACGUUCAUGGCGAAUAUGGGUGACUUGGCGCUGCUGCGCGCCGACAGCACGAUGCUGAAUGGUGACUUGGCGCAGCUGCAAGUGACCGAGAUCCAGCGUGGCACGCGCGACUUGAGUGUCGGCGCCUUUACGUACGAUGUGCAAGACAUCUAUACGAGCGCGUCGUCGCCGCUGGUGGGUUCGUUCAUCGUAUCGUUCGACGGCGUCUGGACGGCACCGAUCUCGGUGCUCGCGUCGGCGCUCGAAAUGCAAACUGCGCUGCAAGCCACAUCGUCCAUCCAUUCGGCCAAGGUCUCCAAGACGAUCUUGAGCUCAGCGCUCAACACGGCGUGCUGGUCCGUGACGUUCGCACACAUCAAGAACAACAUCGUGUCGGGCUCGGGCAACAUCUUUCCCCUGCAGAUUGUGACGGCGACGCUAACGGGCACCCAGGCCAGCGUACAAGUGGCCAAGAAGGUGCACGGCACGAACCCGCUCGCCCUUCGCGUCUCGGGCCUCUCGCCGGGCACCAAGUAUUACGCCCGCGUCAUGGCCUACAACACUGUCGGGUACGGGUCGCCGACGAUGCCGUUCGCACAAGGCAUACCUCGGACGCAGCCGUCGGCGCCGAACACCGUAACGACGACCGUGUCCAGCGCCACGGCGCUAAGUGUUACGUGGUCGCCGCCUCUCAGCACGGGCGGUGCGCCCGUCGACGCUUAUCGUGUCGAGUGGUUUCGCAGCGCGGGGCAGCCCGUCGUUCAAACGAUAACGACGUCGGCACUGCGCGGCUUGCCCGAGAUCCAGCAAGUCACGAGCGUCGCGUCGUCACCGAGCUUGGGUGGCAACUUCAAGCUUGUGUUUCGGGGAAAGAGCACGAGCAACAUUGCGUGGAACGCCCCGGCGACCGGCGUCGGCUCGGUGCAGUCGCUCUUGCAGCUGGUUCCCGGUGUUGGCAGCGUGAUCGUGACGUCCGCCACGUCCAUGCGCGCGGUGCCGGGGCUGUACGUGCUUCUUUCGACAGCCACGACGGCGAUAGCGCAGGCGCCGACGACUGACGUCGCAACGUGCUGCGGAUUCGCUGUGGGGAACGCGGUUACGAUUGCGGGUCAACCGUACACGAUUGCAACGUUGGCAGGCACCACGAUCACGCUGACCGCGCUGGGACAAGCCGUGACGACGACGGUCCCGGUUCCCGUCUUUGUGAGCGCGAACGGGUUUACGUGGUCAAUCACGUUUGGUGACAUGCAUAUCGGUGACGUCCCGCCGCUCGUUGUCAUGCCGAGUGACAACUGGGGCGGCACCAGUGCUGGCAUCUUCGUCACGACGGUCCAAAACGGACUGGCGCCGAUCGGCGGCAUGUUUCGCCUCACUGUGCCGCUGACCGUCAACGGUGUCGUCAUGUCGCAGCAAACGGACCCGAUUCCGUUCAACGCCUCGGCGGCCGAUCUCCAAAGCGCUCUCCAAGCACUCGACACGGUGUCGUCCGUGGUUGUGACCCAGUCGCCCAACGGGUACGGACGCAACUGGUUUGUCACGUUUGCGCACGAAGUCGCCAACGACGUACUUGCGAUCGUUCCCGACGGGAGCGGCCUCACGGGGGCCAGUGCGACGAUCUAUGCAGCAAUCACGAGCCCCGGGGUGCAGCCCACGUACUACUGCGAGAGCAGUGGCGCCGCCGGAACGUGCCAGCAGCUCGUUGCCAGUACCGCGCAAACCACGGUCGUGCCCCAGCUCACGACAGGUGUCCCGUACUUGACGCUUGUUCGCGCUCGCAACUCGGAGGGGUGGAGCCCGGGUGCGUGGGGUCUGCCGCAGUACGAGACCCCCCGGGGCAUCUCGUCCGCACCGACUAAUGUGCAGCUUUUGGUCUUGUCGAGUACGCUCCUCAAGGUCGUUUGGUCGCCGCCCGCAAAUCUCGGUGGUACAAGCGUGAUGUCGUACACGGUGCAGUGGGAUACCGAUGUCGGGUUCUCGUCCGUCACGAGCCCUGGCUUCGACUACUACUCUGUCAUGAUCGUGUCUUCGAGCGCGACGGGGCCAUUUUACUACAACAUCCCGAUCGCGAUGCAAGUCCCCAUCUUUGCUCGCGUCGCUGCGACCAACGACCGGGGCACGAGUGACUGGGCGAUCACCGUGCCAUCGUCGGUGCUGCCUCAAAACGUGCGCCCCGGACCGCCCAUCUCUCCGACGCUGACCGUGGUCAGUAGCGCAGGAUACUUGGUUUCAUGGCAGGCACCGUCGACGGCGCUUCCCGUCUUUGGCGGCUCGGGCGGGAUCCCACUUACGCAGUACAUGAUCGAGUGGGAUGUCUCGCCCACCUUUGACUCGCCCGCUGCGUUCGCCAUGGUGUCGGGGACGACGCUGCAGUACGUUAUUGGCGGCGAAAACGUUUUGACGGGCGUCGUCUCGUCGGUGCUCACGCCCGGUGGCACGUAUUUUGUCCGCGUCUCGGCGUUCAACGGGCUCGGCGCGGGUCCUGUGGCGGCGACAACGCCGCUGUCGGCUGUCUUGAGCAACCAGCUGCCGAGCACCCCGAGUAGCUUGCAACUCACCGAUGUGAGUGCGACGAGCGUCUUGGCUUCGUGGCAGACGCCAACGUUCGAUGGUGGCCUGCCACUGCAGUCGUAUGCGCUCAUGUACGACGACAACAGCAGCUACUUGAGCGGACACGCCGCGACAGUCUCGGUGCCCAUCGUUCGCGAGAUGCAGACGCUGUGGGUCUCAACAGACCCCGUGUCCGAGACGCAGUACAUUGAGGCCACGGUGCAGGUCACUAACGAACGCCAAACGGUCCGAACCACGGUGACGGGCGUGGACGAAGUUCAAACGAUCUCGACGUCGUGCGCCAACGUUGUCGACGAGGUCCAGACCAUCACGACGUCGGCGACCGAUCGGAACGAAGUGCAAACCAUCGUUCUCGACGCAACGGUCAUCAACGAAGUCCAGGGCGUCCGGACGUCUCUGACGAGCGCCCCCGAGAUACAAACCGUCGUCGUCGGCACGACCCGCGUCAAUGAGAUCCAGUCCUUUAGCAUCACGUUUACGGGCAUUACGACUACCGCGGGGAUAACUGGCGGUCUCGUGAUCAGCCUCGAUACCACCUUGUGCUUCUUUUGCGCCAACCAGAUGACAGCGCAGACCGUCGACGUGACGACAGCGGUCACGUCGUCAGUCGACUCGACGGGCGCAUCGAACUUUGUGACGGCACUGCAAGGUCUCUCCAACGUCGACACGGUAGUCGUCACGCGCGUCUCGACGCCCGACAACACCAACAACCGACUCACACUCGACUUCAGCAUCACGUUUACAGGCAUUGAAGUCGCUGGCAAUAUUCCUGCGAUCCAGCUCCAGAGUACGCUCGCGCCGCUGCAAUCACCGGUCCCAACGCAAACGUCCGAGACCCAAAUUGGCAGCAACCCCGUGUACAAUCCUGGCAGCGUCUUUCGACUCUUCUACACGUGCGAGCAGUAUUCGGACCCGACGGUCACGACCGGUGCGUUCCCGGGUGUCAGCGCCGCUUGCCAACCGACGGCGCCGGCGCUCUGCGCGACGUGUGCUACGGCGUUUGACGGCACCACGAUUUCGGUCAACGUCGAUUUGACGGCAGUGGUGGCCGUGGGGGCCGUGCUUCAGAUUGGUCCGUGCGUCUUUGGCAUCUCGGCGCGGACGGCCACGACGCUAACGGUCGACACGAACAACGUCGGGCGCUAUUGCUCGACGUUUUCAUCCGCGACGCUCGCCGUAUAUGCCGCCAAAGUGCUCUCGCCCAUCUCAAACCUCGUCAUGCGGCAAGGCGCCGGCGGGACGCAGUACCCCGAGGUCAACACGGUCGUGGCGACGCAGUUUCUCAACAGCCUCGGCAAAGCCGUGUCCGUGGUCGCAACGCCGGUCGUGUCCCUCGCCUUUGUCGGCACGUCGUAUGCGAUUAGCUUUGUCAGCAACACAGGCACGAUCCCGCUCCUCACGUGCGACGCCACCAACAUCGUCGUCACGAGCGGCACAAAGACGUGCUCGGUGACACGGACGUCGAUCGGCAGCAUGAUGUAUGGCACCUUUACGCUGUCGCUGACGCGGGCGUCCGACGGCGUUCUCUUUACAACGCCGGCGAUUCCGUUUGAUGCAACACCGGCCGCGCUGACGCAGCUGCUGCAAGGCGUUGGCGCCGUCGCCGAGUGGGUCUGGGGCACAGUCAGCGUCACGCGCAGCAUGUACCCACCGGCGCCGACGCGCUGGUCGGGCGGCUACGCGUGGACGAUCACGUUCUUGUCGCGCGGCUGGAACGUCCCCAAGAUGACGUUCACAAGCAGUCUCGGCAAUGCGAUUGGGGCCACUCCGGCGCCCGUUGUUGUGAUCGAAGACGCAACGAGUCUGCUCACGCCGUCGCUCGGAAGUGUCGACGGCAACCAAAUCAGCGGGUCGUUCAAGCUCUCGUACAACGGUGUCGUGACCGCCGCCGCGUGCGUCCUUGGCACCAACACGGACGCCGGCGACAUUCUCGUGGGGCCCACGGUCCGAGAUACGGCGUUCGAGACAUAUCUCAAGGCGCAGUUUGGAUGGACCAGUGUAAGUGUCUACCGGUCGCUUCCGACGCGAGCCUUGGGCUUUACGUGGUCGAUCACGUACACGGACGCCAACACGGGGGGCAACGUGCCGCUGAUUCAAGUCGUGUCCCCGAAUUUCGUCGGCACCGGCGUCAGCAUCACGACCAACGAGGUGGUUCCUGGCAACCAGCUCAGUGGCACGUUUCAGUUGACCUUCAACGGACAAACCACGGGCCCGAUCGCGUACGAUGCUAGUAUCCAAGACGUAGCGACGCAGCUCAACAACCUCAACUCGAUCCAGCCCUCGCAGGUGACUGUCUCGCGCAUUGGGCCGUUCGGACCGACAUCCGGUGUCCUCAAUGCCGUCACGCAAGUGCGCGGGUACCAGUGGUCCAUCACGUUUACGUCGUCAACGUGGAAAGACCCAACCGCCGACCACGCAGUGUACACGCCUGGCAACUGGUGGGGGCCUCCGGCUGCGUGGACCGACGUGUGGGAGACGGGGUACUCGAAAGCGUGGGGCCGCCACGUGGGGCCGCUCACCGCCAUGGGGCUACAGCUGUCGUGCUUGGCGCAAGGACUCACCGACACGGCCAACGACGGCUCUCCAACUUGCGUCGUCGGCACGUCCCAGCCCGGCGUUGGCCCGCUCAAAGGCACCUUCACACUGCAGCUCGACACAACGUCGAGCCUCUACAUGUCCAAGAACGUGGUCGCAACCAGUGCACCCAUCGCGCACAACGCGUGGGCGACGGCGGUGCAGAGCCAGAGCAGCGGACAGUCGAUGCAAGAAACCUUGCAGGCCAUGACCAACGUCGGGACAGUCGCCGUCACGCGAAGCGCCGUGAACGUUCUGACCGGGGGGUAUACGUGGACGAUCACAUUUUUGUACGACAAGGAGCCCUGCGCGCAGCACGACUCGGUCAACAACUUGUGCAACGCACCUGGGAACGUGCCACCGCUCACUGUCGCGACCAACAGCUUGGUGGCCUCGACGCCGGCGAUCGCAAUCUGCGAUCAGACGACCAACCCGUGCGGUGUGGCCGUCGAUGGCGUCAUCCUCCGGUCUAGUUUCAGUGUCUUCAAGGUGACGGGGGACCCGGGGGUCGAGAGUCGGUUUGCUCUCGCGGCCACGUGCCAGGGCGCGACACUUGGCUCGACGUGCGGGGCGAUCGUCGGUGGCUUCGUCUUGACGACGGCGCAGCCCAACUUGCCAUCGACGCUGCUAUCGGGCGACCAAUUCUACCUCGCAGGCUACGCGUCGUGCGUCUUUUCAGUGGCCAGCGUCACGCCCAUCUUUGUUGAUGUCAUUGACCAGGUCUGCGUACCGAUGGCCGGCGGUCUCACGGGCGGUCCAUUCGCUCUCACUAUGGUACUACCUUGGAAUGCGCAAGAGAAUGCUAUCGCACGUGUCCUCCGCGCUGCGUCCGCGACGUCACUUGAGACGGGCAUCUGGGCCAACGGCCGCGUCACCAGCGUCACACGGACGGUCAUUGGACAGUACGGUGCCAUGUCGUGGCUCAUUCGGUUCAUCUCCAACCCUGGCAAUUCACCGCCAGGCGCUGGGAACGUGGCGCCGCUGACCGUGUCGUUUCUAGCCGCGCCGACCUGUGUCUGUCAAGUGACCGUCGCCGAGACUCAGCCCGGAUCGGUGCCCCUCGGUGGCUCGUUCACGAUCGACUAUCACUCGACGUUUGGACCUCGUGCGAUUUCCUACCUGGAGACCGCGGACCGCUUGGAGCGAAAGCUCAACGAAAUGAACACGCUCGGGCGUGUCCGCGUCACGCAGUUUGCAAUUCCGUCGGUGGGGCUCGGGUGUCUGACGACGGGGUGUGCGGGCGGUUGGGACGACGUUGCCGUCGCCAAUGACGGCACGCGCGGCGGGUACCGGUGGCGUGUCGUGUUUCUGAAGAACCCCGGCGCAUACAGCGGGUACACGUUUCCACCAGGCACGGGCAACAUGAACGCUCUCACGGUCUCGUACCCGGCGCUCACGGGCGCCCAGUCGGCUGUCAACGUCAUCACCGUGACCGAGGGCAAUUUGCCGAUCACGGGAGCGUUUGCGCUUUCCUACGACGGCGCCGACACGCCACCGAUUCCGUACGCGGCGUCGGCGCCCAUUCUCGAACAAGCAAUCGAAGCACUGCCGUCGAUGAGCUACGUUCCGACCACCAGCGACGUCUUGUCAAUGUACCGCAUUCCGCUCGCCAUUGCGACGAUUGCGCAGGACAGCAAUGUGGCGACCAUCUCGGGUGUCGAUAUCACGCAGUAUUUCGCACCCGGGGAUUUGAUUCGCUUUGGACCACCGCCGUCCGCUAACACGCUGGUCGGGUCCAAUGGCGAUGUCCCUGUGACGGGUGUCGUUGCGUCGUCGACUGUCACGGUGGCAAGGGCCUCGCCGAGUGUAGUGGCACCGACGUCGCUCUCAACGACGUUGUUUCCCGGCAACCAGGUGCGCCUCAGCGGCAGCAUCUACACGGUGGCACGCACGGGUAUUGAGAUUCAGACGCUCACAGUGUCGCUGCCAACGGCGUCGUGGACACCGACGAAUGUGGCAACGGUAAACUUUUAUAAGCUCACGCUCGCCUACCAAGGCGCGUCGACGGCGUCCGCGUGCUUGCCGGUACAAACAGCGACGCUCGCUACGGUGCUCAAUGGUCUCGUAACGACGAUCGACCCGACGCGGUCGAACAGCUUGGUCACUGUCACGCAAAGCCCGGCGACAGUCGUCGGUGCCAACACGCAGAUCGUCUACACGAUCUACUUUGGCGGUGUCACCGUUCUUGGUGACGUGGCGCAGCUCACGGUGGACACUGCUUCGUGCACAGCACUUGCUGGAGCAACAGCAACAGCAGCCACUGUGCUCAACGGAGGGCGCAUGGCGCACCAGCGCGUUACUCUUUCGACCGACUCGGGCUACGUCGUCGACCCCACAGGAUACUACCAGCUUUCGUUGGGCGGCGUUGCGACGACGUGUAUCAAGUGGGGCGACACGAGUGCGGCGAUUCAGGCCCAAGUCAACGCCGCGUGGCCCGAUACCGUGCUCGUGUCGUCCUACGGCUCUGGAACGUCAACCACCGAGCUCCAGCAACUCGUGCUGGCGUCCAACGCCCCCGUCGUGAACGGCGCCAACGGGUACUUUCGCCUUGCGCUGACCAACAACGGCGCGACGGCAACGACGAGUUGUCUCAACUACGGUCUCUCGGCGGCCGCGCUCCAAACCGCGCUGAACGGACUGAGCAAUGUCAUGAGUGGCCACAUCGUCGUGACAGCAUCCGGCGACGGCACGGCGGCGUCGGGCUACGGGUUUCAGUACACGAUUGCCUACAACGGCAACCUUCGCGUCGGUCUCAGCAACGUUCUCGGCAACAUGGCACCGCUCGUCGUCUUCUCCAUGGGCACCGGAGCGUGUUCGCCCGUGUCGUCGGGUCUGCCGUCGAUUUAUGUGCAGACGCUACGCGACGGAGCGCCAGCGUAUGCUUACGAUUUCUACUUUGUCGGAAGCUCAUACAGCUACGUGGCCCCCAUCGCCAUCGUGAGCGAAGCCACGUGCACCAACGGGUGGUCGAUCGUCGGCGGCAGCUCGCGGCGCAUCGUAGCCAGCGUCGUCAACGGCGGCGGCAAUUACGCGGUCCAACGCAUCGUCGUUUCGGACGCAACGGCACCGAUUGCUGGCACCCCGAGCUUCAAGAUCGGGUUCCUCGGCCAAACGACGGGUACGUGCGUGAACUACAACGCAGCCGCGUCCGCUGUCCAAACCGCUCUCAACGCACUCUCCACGAUCGGCGCCAACGGCGUCGUAGUCAAUUUGGACAUCGACCCCGUCCUCGCACCCAACGGGUUUGUGUAUUCAGUGACGUUUACAGCGGCGGCGCUUGGUGGCACACUGCCGCUCCUUGUCGUCGACACUUCGAGCUGCACCGCUUUUGCUGGUACGUCGUCCGUGACGGUGGGUUCCGUGUACGCGGGCGGCUCUGCGGACAACCGACUCGCGCUGUCGACGCCGUACGCCGGGGACGCUGUCGGCGCUGCCGUGCUCUACGGCGUAUCGCAGACGUUUUCCGUGCUCAACGAACAAUUUGCUGUGAUUCAGAUCGUCGUAUCGAACCCCAACGGCAACAUUGCGCUCAGCGCCACGUACGACUUGACGCUCGGUAGCACAACGACGACCGUGUCGUGGAAAGCCACUGAAGUCCAACUGGAGGCGGCUUUUGCGACGCUAACGGGCACCGCGUCGGGCGUCACGGUGACGGUGCGCACCGACCCCGUUUUGUCGCCGAAUGGGUACCUUUACACCGUGUACUGCCUCGGACCGCUCGUCAUGGGCAACAUUGGCCCACCGACGAAAAGCAACCUCCAAAACUUUGGCACUGGCACCGUCACCGUCACCACGAUACGCACCGGGUCCAGCACGAACAUGCUCUCUGCGUCCAAUGUGCCUCUGGCCACGGUCGCGUCGGCGGCGGUACCUGCAACCUACAUUGGUAGUCGCGGCGUCAACUUGGCCGUGUACAAAGUGAACGGGUUCCAGUGGUCGCUGCGAUUUGCCGAGAUGAUUGGCGACGUUGCAGCACUUGGCGUCGACAGCACGGACGUCACGGGCGUCGUCACUGUAUUUGACAACUUUGUCCAAGGGUCACCGUCCAACAAGUAUACUGUGACCAGCCUGGAGCCAGGCAACGAGUACUACAUGCGCGUUGCGGCAACGACGGCGAUUGGCUCAAGUCCGUGGUCGACGUCGGCAUCGAUCAUUCCCAGCGCUGUGCCACCGCCGCCCGUCAACGUUCAGACCGGCCUCGACCUGUUUGUGAGCGAAGUCCAGCGCGUCAAAACGGCCGCGCGUCACGUGCUCGAAGUGCAGUCGGUGACGACGUCGGCGGCCAUGAUCUCGGAGGUCCAGACGCUCACGGUCACGACCAACCCUUGCGGGUCGAGCACCUGCGUCGUCGGUAACAUUGCGUUUCGACAACCGACGGUGCAAGUCAUUGCGAUCGCUGCCAGCGCCACGAUCACGGCCGGGCAGUUCCAACUCGUCUACACGGACACACGCAGCGACAACAACAACGGCGCCUUGACGUACCAGGCAUACCCGACCGCGGCCAUCAACUGGAAUGCCCAAGCGAGCGACGUGGCCGCGGCGCUGGUGAACACGGGAGGCUUGGCCGCCACCGACAUUGUCGUGACGCGCACCGGCGAUGGAAGCGUGAGCUCCGACUUCGGCUACACAUUUUCAGUAACCUUUGUGAGCCUCAACGUCGCGGGCCAAGUAGCGCCAAUGCAGAUUCUGGAAACCGCAGCGGCGUCGGUGGCGUGCACCGCGUUUGCAACUGUGGGCGGUGCCCCCUACUCGCUACGCCAGAGCCAAAACCUCGAGAGCGCGAUGGGCACCAACACGGCUGUCCAGCGACUCGUCGUGCAGAGCGCCGCCGUGCUGUACACGGGCGGCUUUACGCUGUCGUUUACGUUUGCUGGCGGCACACGAACGACGACAUGCCUGCCCUUCAACAUUGCUGCGGUCGAUCUCGAGGCGGCGCUCGAGCUCCUGUCCAACAUCGAUGCGGUGGUUGUUGUGCAGUCGUUGGACCCUGUGGUCGCGCCCAACGGUGCGAUCUACGAUAUCUUCUUCCACGGCCACGGCCUGUCGCGGUACGUACCAUUGCAGCCCGUGCCGGCGCUCGUCGUGGCCACGGGGUGUACACCGUUCCAGACGCUCGUCAACAAUGUGCUGACGGCCACGACAGCCAGCGUCGCGGUCACGUAUACGCAUCCCAACGGGUUUGCGAGCGGGUUCUUUGCCGCGGCGACGGCUUCGGCGAGUGUGCUUCAAGCCGACAUUGCGCGUCUCCCGAUCGGCGGCCCGAGCGUGUACGCCUCGGCGUCCCUCCCUGACGACCAGGGUGGUACUCAAUGGACGAUCGUGUUCGAUCAAGUCAGCGGCAACGUUCCGCAGUGGAUCUGUUCGGCCGAUGCCACCUUUAGCGCCGUGAGUGGGGCCACCUGCGCCAGCGCCACGAUCGUCGACGGCAAUGUGCUGGGCGGCAGCUUCCUCCUCGGCGCGUCCGACCCGAUCCCGUUCGAUGCGGACGAAGUGACCAUGACGUCCAUUCUGCAGCAGCAGUCGUGGGUCGGGGCUGUCCUCGUGACACGGACAGGACCCGACGGACAACGUGGGUACACGUGGUCGAUCUCGUUCUUGACGUACCAAGGCAACGCGCCGCUGCUGACGCCGACCAACUUGCUCUCGGGCAUUGGCAACGACAUUGUCGUGACCGAGAUAGUCGCUGGCAACCAGAUGGGCGGCACGUUUACGCUCACGUUUCUCGGGGCAACGACGCCGCCGAUUGCGUGGAAUGCCCCCGCGUCCACCGCGCAGUCGCUUGGCGACGGCUCGUCGCUCCAAGAAAAGCUGCAGACGCUCGCGACGAUCGGCGCGCUCGCCGUCACGCGCACCGGCCCGGACUUUGAGGGCGGGUACGAGUGGUACGUCACGUUUGUCGACAACGUGGUGACGGGCGGCAGUCUUCCGCUGCUCCAAGCCAACUCGGCGGCGCUCACUGGGACAAACACGCUCGUCGACGUCCGGCGACUCGUUCUCGGGUCCCUGGGCUCAGGCACGCGGCUAGGAAUUUCGUUCGACCCGCCAUCGACCGACAAUGGAUCGCCCAUCACGAGCUACACGGUCAACUGGGACACGGCCAAUACGUUUGCGGCAACGCCCAUGGCGCUGAGUCUCACGGACCCCGCGCUCUUGACGGCGCGGCAGUACGUGACAACGGGGGCGUCGAGCCUCAGCUGGUCGGGCACGCUGUCACCACCAACCACGACGACGCAGAGCAUCGCCGUCGGCGCUGUCUGCACGAGCUUCACGCUCUCGUUCAUGGGCGCAGCUACCGGCACGAUUUUGGUCGGGGCGACGCCGCUGGCGACCGUGCAGAGCAUGUUGAAUGGCCUUGCGACGAUCAACGGCAUCGUCAGCGUGACACCGACCACUGGUUUCGUUGCGCUCAGUACGUCGUUUGCAAUUGUGUUUUCGGGGCAGUUUGGGCCGCAGCCGGUUCUCGUAUCGUCGGCCGGUUGCGCCGUGCCGUCGAUCGUUGCCGCUGGGAGCACGAGCUACCGGAAGGAGGUCCUGGCGUUCCAGUGUACCGGCACGGCGGGCGCGGUCGCCAUCACCGCCAAGAGCAUCACGACCACGUUUCCUUUCAAUGCGCUCUUGGGGGACGUGGCGAGCGGACUCGCGACGGCGCUAAGUGCUCCGACGGGGGGAGUCACGGUGACGGCGCCGUCGCAGCUUUUACUGUGCGCGUCGGCUACGCCCAACGUUGUGACGAUGACGUUUCACUACGUCUAUGGCGCGCUCGGGAGCACAGCUGCGGACAGCGGCACCGGUGGUACAACAAUUACGCUGGCGCCGACGAGCCGGGCGGGCAUCUACGUACGUCCUACGAAUGCACUCAGCGGGACGUUCCAGCUGACCUUCAACGGCGCCACGACGCCGCCGCUGAACGCACAGUCGGCCGCGAUCGACGUCCGCGUCGCGCUCGAGAGUCUUCCAGCGAUUCGGACGGCGUCGGUUGCGCAAUCGUACGCAACAACUGCGCUGGUUGGCACGGUCGACGUCGUGCAAGGUCAGUUGUACGUGACGUGUGCAUCUGGCCAAGUAUGCAACUUUGCGUCGUUUGCCUACGGCGUGCCGGGCGUCCCGAUUCAAAUUGGCGGCACUUGGUACACAGUUCUUAGUGACACGUCAUCGGCGUCGCUGCCGUCGAGUGCGCUGUACCUCGGCGAUACCAACGGCAGCCCGAAGGCGUUUGCAGGCGUCUCAUCGCUCGGUGUGCCGGUCUAUCAGUGGACCAAAGGGUACCAAUACAUUGUCGACUUGCUCUCAGUCUCGACGCCGGGCAUGCUGCGUGCGAGCAAUCUGCAGCUCAAGCCAAGUGACGCGACAGUCGUGACGCGCGGUGCGUCGUGCAAGCGCUGCGUCUACGUAUCGCCGUCGACACCCGGGCUGACACCCGGCACGCCGUACUUCCUGACUGUCAACGCCGUCAACGUCAACGGCGCCAGCGUCGCGUCGACGGUCGCCACGGCGACGCCGCGGCAAGUGCCCAACGCCCCGAACGCGCUCAACAUCGUCGUCAUCUCAGGCACGCAAGCAGUUGUCUACUUCAGUCCGCCGGCGCCGCCCGCCACCAGCGCGAUCAACUACAACAGCGACAUUACGUCGUACCUUGUGCAGUGGGACACGCAAACGAGCUUCCUGCACGGACGACCGGCGUGCACCGGGUGUGCCACGGCUUUUAGCGCGACGUCGCUCAGCAUCUCGGUGGACUUGACUUCUGUUCUCGUCGUCACCAAUCAGAUCACGCUCGGUGCCAUGCAGUGCGUGCUCACGAUUACAGCCAUGUCGCCAACGACGAUCACAGUGGCAGCCAACGCAUGCCCGUCGUUUCUCGCGCAAGCGUACGACGUCGUGUUCUACCGGAUUCCGCCGGCGACGGUGUCGGGCGUCGCGAUCCAGGGCACGCCGCCGUACCAGUACCUCAUCCAAGGCCUCACGCCGGCGGUGACGUACUACGUCCGCCUUGCUGCUGUCAACUCGGUGCCAUUCAUGCGUGUGGCGGUCUCGGGCACCCCACCAAAUAACUGUCAAUGGUCAUUCCCGAUUGCGAUCACACCGACGAAUGUGCUUCCAGACCCGGUGCUCUCGGCCGUCUUGUACGUGCAGUCGCCCACGUCGCUCGAGCUCCAGAUUCACCCGUCCGCGCGCGAUGGCCAGGGGCUCAACGGCGCCGCCGUCACGUUUUAUUCGGUCGACGUCGACACGGUGUCGACCUUCACCUCGGCCGGGCGUCUCUUCCCCGUCGACGUCCCUGCGGCAAGUUUUGUGUCCUUGUACGCGGGCGGGCCGCUCACGUAUUCGAUCACGGGGCUUGUCACUGGCACGCAGUAUUUUGUGCAAGUCCGCGCCAAGACGAGCGUCGGUUCCAGUCUCGCGACGAUUGCGACCAACACGUUGGCGCCGUCCGGACCUCCGUCGGCGCCGACCAGUGUGCGCAUCAGUACGCCCAUGAAGCAACCGAACGCGCCGAUCACGCAGGCCACGGUCGUGUGGGCGCCGCCGACCACGUCCAACGGACGACCGCUGAGCUACUUCAACGUCGAGUGGUGGACGACGGCGUCUCGCGCCGAAGUGCAAGUGGUGCAACUGCAAUGGACAAAUGCGCCGACUGCGCUGACCUUUACGUUGGCGUUUGGUGGCUCGCUCACCGGUAGCUUGGCCAUGGACUGUGCGCCCGAGAACGUCCGCAGCGCGCUCAUGAACCUCGGGGGCGGCACGACGCCCGGCGCGCCGCUCAUCGGAAACGUCGAGGUCACGCGCAGUGCGAUCAAUGUCAACCAAGGGUACCAGUGGAGCGUGACAUUUGCAACGGCGCUGUGCAACCAGCCGCUGCUGCAGAUCGCGAUCGUCUCGUCCACGGGUGGUAGCGGGAUCCAAGCAAGUACAUUUGAAGCGGUGGCCGGUGUCGUCGGUGGUACGACCAGUACCCCCGGCACGCCCGAAGUCCAAGUGCUCACGAUAACCAACGCGAACGCUGCACUGACAACAUCUGGGUUUUUCCGACUGGCGUUCCAAGGGUCGUCGUGGUCCAACUACCUCCCAGCGUCAGCGCCGGCGUCGCUCGUGCAAAACGUGCUCCAGCAGCUCGCGACGAUCGGCCAAGUGUCGGUGGCGACGAUCACCAACGGAGCGUUUCCAGCCAACAUGGUAGCGUACGCAAUCACAUUUGCGUCGUUCGUCGGCAACGCCCCGGCGCUGGCCGUCGACAGCAGCAACCUUUUGCCAACCUCCUCCGUCGCAACGGUGUACGACGGCAACAACGUCGUGCUCAACACGGGCGCAUGGUGCCUGCCCGCCGACACCGUCUGUGCGGCCAUCUACACGUACGUGCGCAUCGGCGAAGUCGCCAUCGGCUACGGAUCCUACGCCACGACGGCCGCCAACGUCCUCACGUACAUGAUUCCGAAUCUCACGACCGGGACGGCGUACUACGCGUCGGUCACGGCGCGCAACACGCUCUCGUUUGGCCCUCGCGCGGCAAGCUACCCGGUCGUAAUCACACCGCCGCUGCAGGUACCGUCGCCGCCCACCGCCGUCUCGGUGAGCGUCCAGCCUGGCUCGUCGACGCAACUGCUGGCGACAUAUUCGGCGCCAAUCAGCCACGGCGGGUCGCCCGUCUUGAAAUACCUCGUCGAGUACGACACGUCGCCGGCAUUUUCGAGCGCGGGAAGCCGAAGCGUGUGGUGUGCGGUCGCCAACGUGAAUGCAGUCUGGCGGGUCACAUCGAGCCGCGUCAACGUCGCGCAGACGUCGCCGAUUGGUGCCGGGUGGUUCCAGCUCAAGCUCACGCGCGCCAACGCCGUGUGGACGACCGACCCGAUUCCGUUCAACGCCGUCGCGCUUGGGGCGGCAGAGCUCGGCGCGCAGCCCGCGUUCUCGCUGCUCUACUGCACUGCGUGCGCUACGUGCACCGACACGUGCAACGUGGCGCGGCAACAGACGUCGGGGUCGCUUCAGCGCAAACUGCAAGGCCUCGCUUCGAUCGCGAACGGCGUGACCGUGUCUCGGACGCCCGUGGCCGCAGCCGACGGCGGAUAUGUGUGGUCGAUCACGUUUCUGGACGCCGGCGACGACUUCACCCUUGAAGCCGUCGCGUCGUCGUCGAGUCUCAACUGCGCUGGCAGCACGUGUGCGUCGACCGACUACCAAGUGGCUGCGGUCAAGGUCACUGCGGGUGUCCUCUACCCGCCGUGCACGGGCGCCCAAGUCAUUCCCGCGGCCGGUGCGCUCACGAAGGGUCAGUUCUACUACGUGCGCGUCACGGCCUUCAACGCGAUUGGGUUUGGCUUGCCGCAAGCCGUCACGAGUCCGCAAAAACCGAUGGUCGUUCCGGGUUUGCCGACCGGCGUGACGCUCACCGUCAACUCGAUUUCGACAUUGCAAGUGGUGUUUAGCCCGCCGGUGGACAAUGGCGGCGACAUCAUCACGUCGUACACGGUGACGUGGUCGGUCGCCCCCGACUUUUCAGCGUCGCCGGUGACGUUGGUCGUCAACAACCUCGCGAAUGGCUCGCCCUUUACCGCGAUCCUACCGGGCUUGACCAAGGGCCUUUUUUACUUCGUGCAAGUGCAAGCGACCAACUCGCAAGGCACGGGCCUCCCAGCGCUCUCGUCGCCGCUCUCACUCAACCCGUCCACGGUGCCGCUCUCGCCCACCAACGUCGUGCUGGGUGUGACGUCGCCCAGUAUGCUCACAGUCGGGUGGGCGCCGCCGGCCGACAAUGGCGGCGACGCGCUCACGGGCUACAUCAUCGAGUGGGACGUCGUGGCGACGUACGACAGUCUGACGCCGGCGCCGGACCGCAGCAGCGUCGCGAUCUCGGACACGACGCAGACGUCGUACACGAUCACACUGCUCACGGCGCAAACCGCGUAUUUUGUGCGCGUCUCGGCCGUGAACCGACUCGGUCCGAGCGCGCCCCAAGACGCGGCUCCCCUCCCGAGCGUGCCCGCGCUCGUCGCCCCCGGCAAACCCAUCUCGCUCGCGGCGUCGGUGGUCGCGACGCCUACCGCCGGCAUCUACGUCCAGUGGCAGGCGCCGUAUGUUCCGUACCACGGCAUUCCGUGCUUUGGGUCGCUCGCGUCGCCCGUGCCGUGUCCGUUGAUUCUCGGCGUCAGCGCCGUCUACGGCGGGUCGGGUCUCCGAAGCUACUACCUCGAGUGGAGCACGUCGUCCGUCUUUUCCGGUACGAACCGCGUGCCCGUCGCCGGCACCAACGUCCUCUUGACGACGGCGGGUCACGGCAUCGUGUCGGGGACAACCUACUAUAUGCGGAUCCAAGCCGUCAACAACAACGGCUACAUGAGUCUCUUUUGCCAGCGCGGAAACGUCAACACGUACCUCUGCCCCGACAGUUUGCUCUUGCCCGACGGCAGCUUUGUCAAUGGCGCCUACGUCAUCGCCACGGCGCCCUAGACCUUCUAUCUUCUUGUACACAAAUUACACGAUACCAUUCACAACUACAUGAACGAAACACGAUGAUUCUUCAAGGGCCGUA